AUGGAGAACUUCCUCAGUGAUCGUGUCAAGUGGCUGGAAAGCAUCAUCCACGAAAAAUGCCCCUAUGUUGAUCUGAGCCAGGGGCCGAAUUGUGAGAACCUCAAGACCGUCCUGAACGGUGAGUCAACGCCUGUUGUUGCGCAAGUCGAGCCCGGCACCUCAAACCCGGAGCAAAGUGAAUCCAGGGCAGCGUCGUCGCAUGAAAUCGGCCUCGUGUCCUUGGGGGGAAGCCAGGAUCCGCGAUACAUUGGCCCCUCGAGUGGAUAUUUCCUCGCCAGAGUCAUGCUCACCAAGGGUUCCUCGCCAGGCAUCUCGGGCGGCCGAGACAUGGCGUUUCCGACGGAUCUCAUUGAGACGGUGCAGAGCGCUGCCAGUCUGCCGGCGCGGGAGAUUGCAGACCAAAUCUGCGACGCCUUCUUCGAGAGCCUCCAUGCCACGUAUCCCGUUUUGCACCGGCCGACCUUUGACAGGGUCCUGGACAAGAUGUACACCCUGCAGUACGAUGAUCCCGCGGCCUGCUUCCAGGUGUACAUGGUGAUGGCGCUGGGGAGCCUGGUGGUGUCGCAGAGGCUCAAGGCAAUCCUGCCAUGUGAGAGGUACGGCCUCUCGGCGUUGAGAUACUUUGACCGGAUCAAUGUGGAAAACUCGCUGCAGGGCCUGCAGUGCCUUUUGCUGCUCCUCGUCUUUACGCUGCACAACCCGCACGUCAGGGUGAAUAUCUGGCAUCUAAACUACCAGGCCAUAGCCGCGGCAGUCGACUUGGGCCUCCAGCGCGACGUCACCACGCAGGCGGGAAUCUCGCUGCUCGAGCAGGAGAUGAGAACACGGAUCUUCUGGGUGGUCUUUAUGAUGGACCGCAUCAUCGCCACGACCAUGGGCCGUCCCAUCGGACUACGAGACGAGGCGUGCGACCUGAGAUUGCCGCGCAUGCUCGACGACAUGGACAUCAUGACAGCCGGCUCUCCUCACUCUCACAGCUCGGCCUUCAAACCCAUUGCGUACUCGAUCCACCUGUUCCGGCUGGCCAAGCUCAACUCGGAAAUCAAGUACGUCGCAAACAGCGUGGUCCGACAGACGCCCGUCUACGCAUACCCAGCCGUGAUUGACAUUUACGAAUGGCAAGCCAGCAUGCUGGAGCAGAUCAACCAGUGGGAGGAGCACAUUCCCACCGGCGACGGCGCGCCCGCGACCCAACACCUAGAGACGGCUUGUCGCAUCCAAGGCCACACGCUGCGCAUGGUGCUCCUGCGGCCGAGCCCGGCCAUCCCCAAGCCGACCAGGGAGGCGUUGGAAAAGUGCCACGCGAGCGCGCGGGAGUCGCUCAGGCUCCUCAACAAGCUCUACGUCGGAAGCGCCCUCAUCCACAGCUGGCUGACCUUUCACGCCGUGGUCCUGAGCACCCUGAGCAUCCUGUACUGCGUCAAGAUGGUGCCGGACCUCCGCCAGCAGACAGACGUGGCCGAGCUCAUGAGCGACCUCAGCAUCUCGUCCAGCAUCCUCUCCGCCACGGGCGAGCACUGGUCGGGGGCACGCCGCUGCCGCGACACCCUCGACGAGCUCGGCCGCUCCACCAUCAAGGACCUCCUCGCGCAAGACGGCCCGGCGCCGGCACGAGAGCCCAGCAGACGACGCGGACGCGCCACGGUUCAGCGCCAGGCUGCCGCCGCCGCCACCCCCAUCUCGCUGUCGGACGUGGACUUGUCCACGGACGCCAUCAAUGGGGCAUUCACGCCCAUGAUCGAGCCGAGCGCCUUCUUCGACGACUUCCUCGGCAACGACUCGUUUGCAAACUGCUUCCCCGACGAGAGUGCCACCAACAUUGACGAAAUUGUGCGCAACAUGUUCCAGGACGACACAACCGCAACGGCAUUCGGGUAG